AAGCUGACAGUAGCAAACCAGGAAAUUAUCUCAUUACAUCGUAGGAGGGCAAUCAUAGUGCUCAAACUAUCUAUAAAAAUUUUACCCUUUAUAGAAUAUUAUCCAAAUUUUUUAGUAUCCUGUAUUUACUUUCGCUAGUGUCAUCACAACUGCUCUAUUUAUUUGAAUUAUUUACUCUUAACUAUAAUUUACUUUAAUACUUCAAAUGGGGGUUCAGUGAUUGUGGCAAAAAUUUGAAUCAAAGAUGAGUGUCGGAAACCAAGCCUGUGUUCUACUCAUCGUUCUGCUCUGCGUCACAUUUUCGACAUCAGCGAUUUAUGGUGGAGAUGAGGAGAGAUGUCCACCAAAAGCAACAGGCCAAUUUCCUGUACGAAGUGACUGCCGCAAAUUCUUGAACUGUUACAAAGGACGAGGAAUUGUGCAAAGUUGUGCUCCUGGAACGCUCUUCAAUCCAGAAUCCAUGGAAUGCGAUUUCCCAUCCAAAGUCAACUGUUUAGACUCGGACCUAAACAAACCCUACAUAGGAAAUUAUCGUCAAAGGAUUGAUGAUAGUUCGAAAAGUGACCAAUUCGCCCGGCCUAGCUAUGAACUCCAGCCAGGAAGUUAUCAAGUUCCAACGCAACGUUUCGACACCUCAGCCCCCAUCUUUUACCCCGAUCAGAACCUGCAACCACCACCUUCCAACGGUCUUGGGUACCCGCAUGUCCCUAAAUACCGACCACAACAAGGCACAGCUCGUCAAGUGCAACCAUACAUAGUGAACCAACCUAAUUACCAGCAACCAAACAAUCCACCUCCUCCGGGGCAAUUUGGCCCAUUCCGACCGAAUCAACCUGAUCCAUUGUAUUCAAAUUACCCCCAAGGUAACCAAGAGUACCCCAUCCCAGGUGCCCCACUCCCUCUCGAAAAUCAGAAUCAACGCAAUCCGAAGAGUAGCAGAACAGGAUCUGGAAACUCAGUGAUCGCUCCGGGCGUUGUCCAACCGGAAGCAAGCUACUGGAAACCUAUUGUUGUCCCGAAUGUGGAUGAGACCAAAACACAAACUAAGAAACCCUACGGCUUGAAUCCUGAGAAGACCAAAGGCAGAGCUUUUCCGAAGGAUCAGAAUCAAAAAGCAACAAAAGGGAACCAAGAAGCUGCGCCAAACACUCCGCCCAAGUGUCCCGCAGGAGAAAGUGGUCUUUUUCCGCAUCCCACUGACUGCAAGAAGUUUUUGAGCUGUGCCCAUGGUCGAACGUUUGUCAUGGAUUGCGGUCCUGGUACUGCUUUCAAUCCAGCGUCAUCAAUUUGCGAUUGGCCGAAGAAUGUAGACUGUCCCAACUAUGAGGAAGAUGGUGAUACUUCUGCAGACAAUGAGCAAGGAGAAUAUAACCGUCCUGGACAAUAUACUGAAAAUGAACAAGAUCCACUGAUACCGCAAUCUUCCAACGUACAGCCAAGUCAAACACAACUUCCAUCUCUCUUCACGCCAUACCAACCGAACAAUGCUCCUAGCUCAUUUAGACCUCCCAACAAUCAAAGAAAUCCACAACAACCCAAUCAAGCAGACAAUUUUCCCAACCAGAGUCGACCUCCUUACCCCAACUCUCAAAACUACUACCCCCAUCAACCAAUCGAUACCCAUCCCUCAAAUGAUAACCAUCCCCAACCUAGCAGAAAUCCUGCGCAAAGUAAUUACCGCCCUUCAAGUCCGUUCGAACUCAACAACUCACCAACCCAGCCUGCUAACAUCCCAAACCAAGGUAGGGCACCAUAUCCCAACUCCCAUCAACCCCCUCCUUAUCCGCAGCAACCUAACGUAAACUACCCAUCAAACGCUCAUAAUUUCCAGCCCAUCAAGAAUCCCGCACAGAGUACCAACAAACCAUCUAGUCCUUUCGAUCAAACAGCCCCUAGUAAAAAUCCUAGUUCCCACUCUAGCCCAUACGCCCCAAACCAACCUUCCUCAAACACAUACAGCCCUCAUCAGAACUCAAACAAACCUAACAGCUACACUCAACCCUACCAGCCUAAUAAAUCUACUCCACCUCGCCCCUCCUAUCAACCCGACGAAUUUGGAAGCACAGAAUCUCCAGAUUCUCAAGUAGAAAUAGAUGACCUCUACAUACCCAGCGAAGUGCCCCCACAAACCAUCGUUACAAGGCCGGAAUGGGCAGAGCCUUUGGACAUUGACGUGAGAAUCAACUUCCCGCAGGAAGCGACUGACAAGACUCCGAAGCCCACUGUGAAACCAAUUAAAGGAACUGUAAAUUCCAGGAGUUUACAAAAUUCUCCACCAGAGCAGUCAUUAAAACCUACGAAUACUUCAAAGCCCAAGUCGAAUAUAACACCCGUCCUGCCUUCUAUGAAGUCUGUCAGUUCACAGGUUGCCCGUCUCCGGGGUGGACCGAAACCCUCUGAAGGAUUUUUGGAGCUGAAGAUGGAUAACGGUAAAUGGGGGAUCACUUGCGAUGAACCAAACAGCUGGAAUAUUAAUGAAGCGCAUAUCGUUUGCAAACAGCUCGGAUACGAGAGAGGAGCUGAAUUAACUUGGCAAGGUCGACCAACAGAUGCCUCUACUUCAGCAUUAAAAGAGAUCGCAGUGAACAGCGUCAAAUGCUCUGGGAAAGAAGCCUCUGUUUUGGACUGCAAAAUUAGAAAAGAGAAGAGCUGUGAUCCUGAGCGGGAUGGUGUUUGGAUCAGAUGCCAGAACAACUACGCUUCCCUUUGUCGACCAGGUGAAAUCACUUACAACAAUCGAUGCUAUAAACUAGUCGUUCCGCAAGAAAACAGCACUGAUGCCUCUAAUGAAGGAUUCAGCCAAGGCGAGGCAUUGGCUCAUUGCUCAUCUAUCGGAGGAAAACUUCUCAACAUCCUGUCCCAGAAUGAAAACGAUUUCUUAUCAGAAUGGUUGGUGGGUCAGAACAAAGCUGAUAAUAUAAUGACAUCUGGUGUCGGAGUGUCAAUAAUGGGACGAUCCUUGUGGAUUUGGGAAGGCUCAGAGGACUCAUUCGUUUAUCAUAAUUGGUGGCCAGGUUGGGAGGGCGGUCGGUCAGUUGCUCCAAAAACCCAAGCUGGACGAGGUCAAUGUGUCAUCGCUCAAAGGCACUUCCCAUGCCCAUCCUCUUCAUCUGCGCCUGAUCAGAAAAAACCCCAUACCCCGCCAAGACUUUGUGAUGCUGAAUACUACUUCUGGUCGACUGCUGACUGUGGCGAAAUGAGCACCAAACACCCGUACGUUUGCAAACGUCCAGUGGAUGACAUUGGUUGUGUCAAGGAUACAGGUAGAGAUUAUGCAGGAAACGCAAAUGUCACCACAAACGGAGAGGCAUGCUUAUCAUGGAACACACCCUCCGUGUUCUCAGCCUUGAAAUACCGGAUCUCUGAAAAGACACACCAGACCCUCUUGCGUGACCAUAACUUCUGCCGAAAUCCAGACGGUCUUGAUUCUUCUCCGUGGUGCUUUGUCAAGGCACCUACCGGUGUAAGGAAGGAAUUUUGUGAUAUACCCAAAUGUGAAGAUAGCAAAACAGUCGGUAAAGAUUCAAUACAGGAUUUCACCCCAACAUCCUCUGAACAGUGUAGUCCUGAUGGCUAUGAAUGUCGCCCUGGUGACUGUAUUCCCUUGACAUGGAUUUGCGAUGGUCAGCCGGACUGCAGAAUUACGGAGAAUGAGGGUAAUUGCUCAACAGUGUUAGAGAAAUUCACUUACUAUCCUUCAGCCCGACUCUAUGGUUACGAUGUUGAAGCCUGGGACGACGUUAGUCCAGAGGCAUGUGCCUUCCGCUGCCUAAAAACGACCUCUUUCGAAUGCAGAUCAUUCUCAUACUCGUCAAAAGACAGGAGCUGUUAUCUAAGUGAUAACAAUGUAGGUAUCUCAGGAGCACUCCAGGUCAACAGUAGAGAACAAGAAUGGGAUUACUACGAGAUGAAUGCCCGAUCUUUGAACUGCGAAUCUCUGUUUAUUUGUAACAAUGGGAAGUGCAUCGGGAAAGAUGAUGUUUGUGAUGGUCAUGCUGACUGCAGUGAUUUCAGUGAUGAAAAUCAAUGUCCAAAUAGAGAUGUUGGAUUUGAGAUUCGUCUAGCAGGUGGAAAGUCUCGGAACGAAGGAAGAAUUGAAGUUAAAGCUCUCGGUGAAUGGGGUGUCGUUUGCGACGAUUCGUUCAACUUGAUGGCAGCUACAGUUGCCUGCAAGGAGCUGGGAUUUCCCCUGGGUGCUGCUGAAGUCAAAACAAACUCCUUCUUCCAGCCUGCCAACGUCACAUCGCAAAAGCCUCCACUUUAUCUGAUGGAUGACGUAAGGUGUGCCGGAAACGAAAGUUCCAUCAGCAAAUGUUCUUUCAACGGUUGGGGAACUCAUGAUUGCGGACCAGAAGAGGUUGCUGGUGUUGUUUGCAAGACAGCUAGUACAUCUUGCCCGAGCGAUCAGUGGCAGUGUGAAAAAACAAAAGAAUGUAUACCCAUCAAGUUUCUUUGCGACGGAGAAGUCGAUUGUGAUGAUAAGUCAGACGAAAGUCCACUGAAAUGUAAAGCUCCAGUUUCUCUGAGAGUUGUUGGGCCGGCCACUGGCAAAAGCGGAGUAACAGAGGGGCGACUAGAAAUCAAACGCUUUGGAGUGUGGGGAACGAUCUGCGAUGACGACUUUUCGGAAACUGAAGCGCUUGUUGCAUGCAGGACUUUAGGAUUUUAUGGACCAGCGAAGUUCCGCAAGGAGGCUGCAUUUGGUGCUGGCACUGGACCAAUCUGGCUGGAUGAAGUACAUUGUGGUGGCAAUGAAACCAGCAUCGAAAAGUGCGUGCAUGGAAUCUGGGGUCAGAGUAACUGUCAACAUGAUGAAGACGUCUCAAUUGUGUGCACUCCAGGAGUCCCUCCGACAUCAGCUCCGGAGUCGAGACUUCAUAAUAGGAUCCUUUUUCCAGAUGACUCGGCAAAUCUAGUAGAUUCAGCAUCUAACACCUUGCAGCUGUUUCCGAAAGAAUGUGCUGUAGCAGACAAGAAUUCAAACGGUUCAGAUGCCCAAAAGUACGCCAAAAUUGCGGUGAACAAUGAUGUUAUCAGAGGGACUUAUCCAUGGCAGGCAAGCUUGAGAGUUCGAGCAGGCACUCAAACGAUUCACUGGUGUGGAGCAAUUGUAAUAUCAUCGCUGCACAUACUCACUGCAGGUCAUUGUUUGGAGGAUUAUAGCAAGGGUGCAUAUUAUGUCAGGGUUGGAGACCAUGAUACUGAGAUUAAAGAAGAUGGAGAGCAAGACUUGGAAGUGGACGAGAUCUAUCUCCACGAAAAUUUCAACGCUGGGAAAAAAUUAAACAAUGACAUUGCUCUAGUAAAAGUAAAAAAUCCGCUGAAGUUCAACAAGUAUGUACAACCCAUCUGUCUGCCUAAUUCGUCGUUGAAGUACAAUCCUGGUCUCAACUGCACGAUAUCUGGAUGGGGCUCUGUUGGAAACCCUGGAUCAGGCUACGUUCGAAAGUUAAAAGCCACAUGGGUGCCAAUUCUGAGUAAUUCUCAGUGUUCAUCUGAUGCUGUGUACGGAAAAGCUGCUCUCAGUGAGGGAAUGUUCUGUGCGGGAUACUUAGAAGGAGGUCCAGAUUCUUGCAAAGGAGACUCGGGAGGACCUAUGGCUUGCUUCGUAAAUGACCAGUAUACGCUGUUCGGAAUCACUAGUUGGGGUCUAGGUUGCGGCCUGGCGAACAAACCAGGAGUCUACUCCAACGUUGCCCUCUACCGACCGUGGAUCGACAAAAAAAUUCGCUCUUCUCUGCGCAAUCACAAAGAACUGCGAGUAGGAAAAAGUUGAAUGUUCGUCAUCGACACCAGUGGUGAGGCAUAGAGAAAAAAAGGAGGUGUUUGCAUCCUAAGGUUUGUUUACCCUGUGACGUAGGUCGGUACAACCUGGUCAACAAAAUCCGGAAUUCGAAGUAUAAAAAACGGAUCAUAAUGUCCGAUUUUUUUGCUGAAAUCAACUCAUGAUUUAAUUCCAAAUACUUUAUGUGGUAUGCAUUUUUUUUCGUAAACUACACCAUUUCGAAGAAAAUCGAUGAUAAAAGUCGCCGCACCGACCUACGUCAUCAAAAAAAUUCCAAGAUGCCCGAAAUGCAAACACCUCCUUUUUUUUCUCUAUGGUGGUGAGGCGUGAAUGGUCGAUUCCGGAUUUUCCCCCAUUUGAAGCUAUGGUAAAGAACUGAUUAUUCAGGUGCUCGUUUCGAAUACCCUGUAUAUCGAUCCUUUUCUAUAGGUUUAAAUGGUAGAUCAAUCUAUGUAUCGCAAAACACACCACGCCACUGUCAUCGAUAAUCAAAUUUGCUGAAGUUCCUUAUUGGGUUGGGGUCGAGUGAACCCUGAAAAUGGACCACUUAUGCUGUUUUGCUAAGGAAGAACGUCGUAUGAGCCAAGUAGACUUUUUUUCUCUAAAUUUCCAGAGCGUAUAUUUCGUUCGUAAUUUGAUAUGUAUUGUUUUAGAAUUUCAAUGAAAAAUAUGCAUAAUUAUCCUCGAAAAUAAGUAUUUUCUGAGGGCAAAUUUGGCAACAUUCGAAUGUUCGUAAGGCGUUCUCCUUAGCACAGCAGUACGCGGGCACGACCCUACCACAGUCCCCAGUAAUGACUGUUGAAAAAAAAUUAAGAAACUGGUGGAUUUUUAAAAGUUGGCUCUCAAAAGAACUGUUCAUUAUAUAGCUCAGGUUAAAUAAAAAGAAAGUGUGUUGAUCGCAAUCCGAGCCCUGAAGUUCACAAGACUACAUGCAUUACAGUGCUCAUUUUAGUCCUUUUUGACUUAAAUAUUUUCAAAUCAUUUUAGCACGCCCUGUAUGUAAUGGAAGAAGUUUUUCGAUGUAUCACUUACAUCCAUUUUAAAAGGCCUAUAAGACCUGAUUGUUGAUUUGUAACCGCUAUUUAUCAUAGGUCAAAACUCAUUAAUUCGUUGAAUCAAGUUUUUUUCCCGGAGCAA